UUUGGUGAAAACUGGGAAAAGCUUUUGGUUUCCGCUCGAUCACCAGCCUGGCUUAGGGUUACUAGUUCUUCAGUAUACCCUUACUUCGAUAGUUCGAUAUCACCGGCUCUCUGUUCAGUUUUCCGCUUUUUGAAGCUUCGAAUCCACCGGGUCUAGGGUUUUCUUAUUUUUUAUCUUGUAGGCAUCGACAAAAUUCGAAAUUCUCGAUCUCUCCCUUUGGUUUUCUUCACUUUGCUGGUUUUGGAGUUUCAAACCAAAUCGAUUCAGCAAUGGAAGGAGGAGGCAAUCUAGAUGCUGCCAUAGAGUCUCUAUUGAAUGUGGAGAAGCAGAUGAGGCUUGCAGCAGACGUAGCUGGGACAAGGAAAGCUGCUAUUGACAUUCUUCAACUGUGCUUUCAAGCACGAGCUUGGAAGACUCUUAACGACCAGAUCAUUCUUUUAUCGAAGAGAAGAGGUCAACUCAAGCAGGUAGUAACCGCAAUGGUCCAGCAAGCAAUGCAAUAUAUUGAUGAAACACCAGAUAUUGAAACUCGUGUAGAAUUGAUCAAAACACUUAACAGUGUAUCUGCUGGGAAGAUAUAUGUUGAGAUAGAGAGGGCAAGGUUGAUCAAGAAACUUGCAAAGAUUAAGGAAGAACAGGGCCUUAUCGCUGAGGCUGCUGAUUUGAUGCAAGAAGUUGCAGUGGAAACGUUUGGAGGAAUGGCAAAAACGGAGAAAAUAGCAUUUAUCCUUGAUCAAGUUCGUCUAUGUUUAGACCACAAGGAUUAUGUGCGUGCGCAGAUCCUUUCAAGGAAGAUCAGCCCACGUGUUUUUGAUGCAGAUACUUCUAAAGAAAAGAAAAAGCCCAAGGAAGGUGAUAAUGUUGUUGAGGAGGCUCCUGCUGAUAUACCUUCAUUAUUGGAGUUGAAGCGAAUAUAUUAUGAAUUAAUGAUACGGUACCACUCCCAUAACAAUGACUACCUUGAAAUCUGCCGUAGCUACAAGGCAAUAUAUGAGAUCCCUGCUGUGAGAGAAGAUCCAGCGCAAUGGAUUCCAGUCCUCCGUAAAAUUUCCUGGUAUUUGGUAUUGUCACCACACGAUCCAAUGCAGUCAAGUCUUCUUAAUUCUACCUUAGAAGAUAAGAAUCUUUCUGAAAUUCCAAAAUUUAGGUUGCUCUUGAAACAGCUGGUCACAAUGGAGGUGAUCCAGUGGACAGCCCUUUGGGAGGCCUAUAAGGAUGAAUUUGAGAGCGAGGAGAAUAUGCUUGGGGGUUCCUUGGGUGAAAAGGCUGCAGAAGAUCUAAGACAGAGAAUUAUUGAGCAUAACAUACUGGUUGUGUCCAAAUAUUACUCGAGGAUUACCCUGAAACGACUGGCGGAGCUGUUGUGCCUCAGUGUCCAGGAAGCUGAGAAGCACCUCUCAGACAUGGUUGUAACCAAAUCGCUAGUGGCAAAGAUAGAUAGACCAAUGGGAAUAGUCUGCUUCCAGACAGCCAAGGACAGCAACGACAUUCUCAACUCAUGGUCAAUGAAUUUGGAAAAGUUGCUUGAUCUUGUUGAGAAGAGUUGCCAUCAAAUCCACAAGGAAACCAUGGUUCACAAAGCUGCUCUGAAAGUCUAGGUUUGUCUGACAUCAGUUCAUAUGUUGCCACUGAGUGGGUCUGAUUGGUUUUACAUGUUUCUUCGGUUGCGUAAUCAGUCAGAAAUUUCGUUCUCUGUUGGUUGUCUAUUGGACAGCCUAAUGGAACAAAAAACUUGGUGCCCCUUGAAGUGGAUUGAAUUUAAGAAUGUUGUAUACUUAAUGCAUGCAUGGUACCUUCCCGCCAAUAUACAAAAGUUAUUGUUUUUAGCCAUUGAAAAGAAGAGUUUUUACCCUUGUUUACCCAACAUUUUGCCCGAGGAAUGCUGGCAAGCUAUGGGAAGAAACGUGUGCUCUAUAUUAAUUUACCAACAUUGUGGAUUUGUGGCCAAGCAAAUGCAUUUUGAGAA